UCCUGUCCUCUCUCUCCCUGCACAGAGCACUCAGCCGCUGCGAAGACAGGGGGCUGCUUUCCCGGGCGGGCACUGGCAACGCUGGAGGACGGUGCCCAGACGCCACUGUGGGCACUGCGCCCAGGCCAGCGAGUGCUGGCAAUGGACGGGGCAGGCAGGCCCACCUACAGUGACUUCUUGGCUUUCCUGGACAAGGAGCCCCGUGCCCUCACCACCUUCCACGUCAUCGAGACACAGGAGCCACGCCGGCGCCUGGUCCUGACACCCACCCACCUGCUCUUUGUGGCAGAGAACGCUUCGGCGCCCACCGCCCACUUCCGUCCCGUCUUUGCCAGCCUCGUGCUCCCGGGACAUUUUGUGCUGGUGGUGGCUGGGGGGGGCAGCUUGCAGCCUGCUGAAGUGGUGCGGGUGCGGCACCGGAGGGAUGUGGGAGCCUAUGCCCCGCUGACACGCCAUGGGACACUGGUGGUAGAUGGCGUGGUGGCCUCGUGCUUUGCUCUGGUGAAGGAGCAACAGCUGGCACAGCUGGCCUUCUGGCCACUCCGGCUCUACCACAGCCUGCUGGGGUGGCCAGAGGUGCAGGGGGAUGGCGUGCACUGGUACUCAGGGCUGCUCUACCGCCUGGGCAGGCUGAUCCUGCCCCCUGACAGCUUCCACCCACUGGAGAUAUCCCAGGCAGAGAGCUGAGGGUGCACCACAGCCCCAGCCAGCACAGCUGGUGGAGAUGGUGGCUGCAGGGUGACUCACUGGGGGCCAGUACCCCCUCCCAAAGCUGGGUGCCCAUGGGGAGCUGCCUCCAGCCCUCUGCCUGCUUGGGGUACAACCGUCUCCUGGUUGGGGGGCACCGAAGCUCCAUGGUGUGCCUCGUCCAUGUUCACCACCCCCUCCUCAACCCCUGUUCCUGGGGACAGGAGGGAGGCAUGAAGGGUUUCCCCCGGGACAGGGGGCUGCCCCCAGCUGGAUCCACAUGCUGCUAUGUGUGUGUGUGUGCAAUGUGUGUGUGUGUGCAGAAUUAGCUGACGGAGGUCUGAUAGACGAGUGGGAGGGGGAAGAGGAGAGAGCCCUGGCUGCUCCACCGGGGCUCCCACCG